UCUAUUUAAGUCGCCCCAAUUCCAUAAAAUCAGGGCAGACACACCCAGGCACCACCCGAAGCUCUCUCCUCCCACGUGAAUCAACAUCCCCGGCCGUCUCCUAAUUCUCCUCCUUCCCAGCUCGUUUGAUUCUUCCUGCAGCUGCGAACCAUGGCCUCCGAGACUGUUGUCCUCAAGGUUGCCAUGUCGUGCGAAGGAUGUUCAGGAGCGGUUAAAAGGGUCCUCACCAAAAUGCAAGGCGUCGAGACCUUCGACAUAGACAUGAAGGAGCAGAAGGUGACUGUGAAGGGCAAUGUCAAACCAGAAGACGUCUUCCAGACGGUUUCCAAGACGGGGAAGAAGACCUCUUUCUGGGAGGCCGAAGCCACUUCGGCACCGGUACCUGCCGCCGAGACUACACCGGAAGCACCCCCGGCCAAUACUGAUGCUUGAUCAAUGACGCUGUAACCUAGCUACAAGAGAUUGGUGUGGUUGGGAGAACGAGUCUUGCACUAUGCUGUUGCCCGUCUACCAGUUGACUACGACCGACAUAUGGAAUAAAUCUUGUGUGUAACAUUUCAAAAGUGAACACGUUUUGCUCACUCUAUUUACAAAUUAAAAUGGCUCGGCUUUGUCAA